CAAUGUAGUAAAGAGAUGAAGAGACAUAAAGAAUUUUAGAAAAAAAUGAUCACUACAAUGAGGCCCCUGAAGUAGAUUCUUCUUUGACCAGUAGAUUAGGAUUCAUUUAAAAAGUACGUUUUUAGACUUAUGAAUUAUAGGUGUAUUCUAUCUUGUCCAUGCAAUUAUUAUUCACAGCAUUACUUACAAUAGUGUCAAUUACUUAACCAGCUAUAAGAGAAUUUGAAGUAACACAAAUUUGGCUAUUUGUGAUUGCUGCCAUAACAGCCAUAGUGUUAAUGUGCUGUCUCCUUUGUUGUAAGUAAAACGCAAGAAAAGCCCCAAAAAAUUAUAUUUUAUUAAGCUUCUUUACUUUAUGUGAAGCAUAUGUGGUCUCAGUUAUUUGCUGCUCAGUUGCAACAGAUUAUUCAAAUGGAAGUAUUAGAAUUAUAAUUAUAUUAGUCGACCUAAUAAUUAUUGCAUUAUCUAUGACCGUCUUAAUGACUAUGGGAUUAACUAUGUAUGCAUGCACAACAAAAGAGGAUUUUACAAUUUGCACAGGUUUACUUUGGUCUUUAGCUAUAUGCUUAUUAAUGCUUUUUAUUUUCUCUUUGUUAUUUCCAAGCCGAUUAAUAUAAAUUAUCUAUUCAAUUUUGGCAAUAUUUUUGUAUUCCAUUUACAUCAUUGUUGAUACUUAAUUGAUAGUUGGUUCAAAGGUAUUUAUUUUCUAUAAUAUUAACAGAGACAUUCUCUUUAAAAAGAUGAUUACAUAAUUGGGGCACUCAUUUUGUACAUUGACAUAAUAAUACUAUUUUUAGAAUUGCUAAAAUUAUUAGUUUAGAUAUUUGGAAAAAAUUGA